CGAUAAACAUUCGAUUGCCACAAAAUGUUGCAUUCCGAAUACGUGCAGUUAAAUAUUUUCUGUCGCUCUGACAUAUACCAUAUUAUGUCAAAUACACUAAAUGAUCAUUAAAAAUCUUGAAUAAUGUGUUUUCAAUGUUUUUACCUUGAAGACAGAAAAAUGCAAGAUCCUCUCUACAUGCAUAUACACGACAUGAUGCGAUAAUAUUUAUCAAGAGCUUUCCGAUACGGAAGUCAACAACGAGUUUAUACUGUACAUUAAGAUAGCAUGGGAUAGACUAACACAAAAUGGAGUAUAUUAGGUUAAAGACUAUUAGGGUUUUCGCCACAUGAUGGCAGCACCAAAGAAGGAAAAGAAGUUGAAGCUGUUUGACAAAUUGAAAAGAAGAGGAAGGAAAAGCGAUGAGCAUACGGAAGUGGGUACCCGCAUUAAAGACUACAAGACACAUGCCGCCUGGGAAUAUAUGAGAUUACAACAUGUGAAAAAUUGGAAUGAUUAUGCGACAAAUUUGGCACCUUCAGGUGCAACGUCAAAGCCAGAGUUUGAAACUAAUGAAACUUUGAAUGGAAAGGUAUCGCUUUGGUAUGGAGAUAUAACCAGGCUACAGAUUGACGCAAUUGUUAAUUCUGCGAGCCCAGACCUUAUACACUUUGGAGAAGUUGGUGUCGCUGUGCAUACUGCAGCUGGUUCAGAAUUGUCUGAAAAAUGUGCUGCUAUAGGACUUUGUCCUGUUGGAGAGGCAAAGCUUACAAAAGGCUACAAGCUACCAGCGAGGUAUGUAAUCCAUGCAGUUGCGCCACGUGGAACACAUGAUGAAAAACUCAAAAGCUGCUACAUUAAUAGCCUGAAAAUAGCAAAACACAACAAGAUUAGGAGUAUAGCCUUUCCGUGCAUAGCAACAUUAUUUUGUGGUUAUGAUGUGAGGAGAGCAACUUCAAUAGCUGUAUCAACUGUAAGAGAGUGGCUCUUGGAAAGAGAUAAUAUGAAAUGGAUUGACAGAAUAAUAUUCUCUGUAAUAACCAACACGAACAGAAUGGUCUACGAGCAAACUCUUUUGCAUUACUUCCCUGUUGAUCAGCCGGAAACUGUGCCAUUUGAAAUAAGUCAAGAUCCAUACGCAUUAUCUCUUUAUGAAAAGGCUAUCAAAGAGGGAAAAGAGAGAGAUAGCGUAAUUCGUGUGAAUAUAGUAGGAAACUUCGGCCAAGGUAAAACAACGUUGAAAAGACGACUGGUUGGUCAGAGCGUUGACGACAUAGAGAGCACAAAUAGCAUUGAUGUUAAUCGGUAUAAAUUCACACGGACGAGCAACGGGCAGAUCACUUGUACGUUUGAAAAGGAAGAUGACAGUCAUGAAAUUGUAAAUCGUAUUGUAGAAGUUGCACGCAAAACAGAGCUGGAAAGUAGCUUAGAACAGCAGCAGCAGCAGCAACAACAGCAGCAGCAGCAUCAGCAGCACGAUGAGCAUGAUACAAGCGUAAGGUUUGAUGAGGUUGAUGCAAGAUUUAUACCAGUCAAAGAUUUCGCUGAUGACACAUCUGUUAAACAUGAAUCAGACAACAAUCAAGGCACACUACAUACUGUACUGUACAGUCGUACUUCAAGACAGUCGAUCGAACAAAGAGAUGCCAGUCCUAAAAGGGUUCUCUCUCAGAAAGAGCUGAUUUCGUUUUCGAAAGAGCUUAGAAUAUCAGACGAUGAAAGAAGUAAAUCAAAGGUCAUUUUGGAUAUUUGGGACUUCGGCGGACAGUAUGUGUUCUAUGCAACUCAUACCAUGUUUCAUAGCAGGCAGGCUAUAUAUCUGCUUGUCUUUGAUUUGACUGUUAAUCUUAACGACGUAAUUAAAGACGAGGAGUUCCCUGGAGAAACUCGUGAUAAAGAUAUGGAAUACUUUGCAAGAUUUUGGAUGAACUCAAUCCAUUCGUUUGUUGGAAAUGAAGAUGGUUCUUUGCCUCCUGUAAUAUUAGUAGGCACGCACAAGGAUAUGUUGAAAAUAGAUGAUCCAGCUGCAAAAGUUGAAUAUUGUGACACAUUUUUUGACAAAGUGCGACAACUGUUUGAAGAUACGAAUGUAAUUCGACAUAUUCAAGAAAGUGACUUUGCAGUUGGUAGCACAGGUCCUACUGAUGACGCUGUUGCUAAAUUACUUGAGGAAAUCCUACGUAUAGGUGAUGAACGUUCAAAAUUGGUUGAAAUACCUGCCAAGUGGUUACCUUUAGAAAUGGCGUUGAAAGAGAAAAGAAGUAUGAAGAAAAUUAUAACCUUUGAAAAGGUAAUGCAGAUCAAUGCUGAAAAUGAAUUCCCGUUGUCGGAUGAAAAUCAGGUAAAGUUAUUUUUGCGAUACCACCACACCAAGGGGACUUUAUUUUACUUUGAUGAAGUGCCAAUUUCCAACUACGUUGUCCUGGAUCCUCAAUAUCUAAUUGAUGCAUUCAAGUGUAUAAUUACAUCGGAAAGGUUUUGCAAAAGGAAAUCUUCUAUUCGCAGUUCUUGGAACAAGCUAAUCCGCGAAGGCAAGCUAGAGGAAAUCUUAAUAGAUAAGGUAUGGAGUACGGAUACUCAGUACAAUUUUAUGGAAUAUAAAGAUAUUCUGCUAGAGUUUCUGAAAAAGCAUCAUAUUAUAUCUGAAGCUAUGCAGUUUGAUGAAGAUACAGGAGAAAGCAAAGGCCUUGGUUGGUAUGUUGUGCCGAGUUUGUUAAAAGAUCAUAGCACGACGACUGACGUAUCUGAUUUUAUGUCUGAGAGAAAGCAAACAGAAAUUCGGUUGGUGAUGUUGUUUGAGGAGUCAUCUCUUUUGCAUAUUGUGUAUAGUCGUUUAAUAGCCGCUCUCUUAGGAAAAUGGUCGGUUAUACACCUGCCAGCGGACCAACAGAAACACCUCCUAUUUGAAAAUCUUGGUAUGUUUAGAUUAAAUGUAGAUCAUGUAGGAAUAGUUGAAGUUAGGGGCAACAACAUAGAAUUGCUAGUACUUAGUCUUUGUCCGUCUAAAGAUAUAGAUUGUGUCAUAGCGGACCAAUUUCGCCGUUAUUGUGAAGCAGUUGUUGUGCAUGAAUUUGGACUUCUGCGGAACAACUCGGAAAAUGUAAAGAAGCCAUUUAGACAAGCAUUUAGAUGUAACCACGAAACGCAUGGCAUGAAUGGUAGUGAGGUUGUUGAAAAUAUUUCUGUGUUAAAAGGAACUGAAGUUAUACCGUGUCCAGAUUUAAUGAAACACGAAAUAUGUUCGGAAAAAGCAGUCUUUGAAUGGUUCUUGAAGGAUCAAGUAACUGCUUCUCAUCAAAAUAAAGAGUUAUCUGAAAAAGAGUUGAGUAAGGUUGCCCAAGCAGUGGGAAAAAAUUGGCAAUUAUUAGGCAUUGAACUUGGUUUAACACAGGUGCAAGUUGACCAAGUUUCUGCAAACAAUGAUACCAUGGUAAGAAAGAUAUAUGACAUGUUGAAGACAUGGAAAAGUCAGAAUAGAGGCCACUCAACCAUGAGUAUGCUUGUACAGGCGUUAAAAAACAUUGAAUCUUUGACAGUUAAUUGGGAUGAAAUAAGAAACAUCUGUGAUAACAAUGACUAAAAAAAAAACACAUAAACUCGAGCUGUUAGUAAAAUAGUUGGUCUCAAUGACUGAAAACACAGAUAAACUCGAGCAGUUAGUAAAAUAGUUGGUCUCAAUGACUGAAAACACAGAUAAACUCGAGCAGUUAGUAAAAUAGUUGGUCAAUGUGAUCUGAUUAAAGGCAUCAGUUUAAUUUGUUAUAAUUAUGUUUACUUUGUAUAAGAGUGUAAUUUUAAAACAUUUCUGAGAAACUUUGACAUCUUAUUUGUGUUAGUCACUGCCAGUUUUUACGUGUUCAUGAGAUUAUUUGAAGUUGAUUUUUGUUUGUAUUUUUAUAUGUAGAAUUUGCAUUUUAUAUGCGAUAAAAUGAAAUUGAAAAGUG